AGAUAAAUAAAUUGACCAUGACAUAAAAGCAUCUAAGUAAGAACUUUGAGUUCGAAUUUUGUAUUUAAUGGCGGUCGUCGUCUCCGUCCAGCGUCCUUAUGCAACACUGUUGAUCUCUGAAAACCCUAAUCAACUUAAACUUCACCAGAUAUCCUAUAAUUCCCACCUCAGAUUUCAUCAUCUUGCUUUAAAAACCAAGCCGCAGGUCCGUUGCUUAUCUGCAAAAUCGACGCCUUCGAAUCCAGAACCUGAAUCCCCUCAAGAAUCAGAUGGAGAAGAGGAGGACAGUGUGGGAGUCAAAGCAGCUUUGGCAAUGCUGAAAUUCUAUAAGAGAGAGAUAUCGCCGGUGUUACCUAGAAGCUGCCGUUACGUUCCGACUUGUAGCGAAUAUUCCAUGGAAGCUUACAAGAGAUAUGGAGUUCUCAAAGGCACUGUCCUUACCACUUGGCGACUCUGCCGCUGCAAUCCUCUUGGUGGUUCUGGAUUCGAUCCUCCGAGAUGGUUUGGUGAGAAUGUGAUCAAUCCCCAAGAAGAAGGAGAAGAAGAAGAUAACUAUGAAGAUGAGGAUCAAAGACAGAUUUUUUGAAUAAAUGUA